AUGUACAUCCCACUUCCACUCCCCCGAGCCUCCGGGUUUGAGGCUGAGAGGCGUUCGCCACCGGUUGUCGGAAUUGCAGGGAACAAGACUACCAAUAUCACAGUCGGUGUUACAGUCGGGGUUGCCAUUCUAAUCUUCAUCCUCGGCUCGAUCGCUUUCCUCUACUUUUACCGACAAUCCCUCAACCGCAUCAGUCGUCGCCGACGCCGACAGCGUCGUCAUAUCUAUCACAAGACCGUCAGUUACAGAAGCUCCAACAGAAGCUCCAAGAGCUCCUCCACGAGUGGUCCACCGCCUCCGGGCCCGCCUCCGCCGCCGUCAGCUCCACCUUCCGCAGCCCCUGCCGACCCUCCGGCUGAUCCCCCGACCGAUCCUCCGGCUCCCCCUCCACCUGCUGCUGCACCUGCGGAUAAAGAGUGA